AUGCGGGUUAAGUCGUGUCCAGGAAAGUGCAGUAAGGUAAUACUCCUGCUGGUGAAUAUUGUGAUAUUUCUAGUUGGAGGAGGGCUGCUGGGUCUGGGGAUUUACUAUCAUCUAGAUGGUGGACUCUACGAUAAUGUGUUCAAACUCUAUGACGUCAUCACAGUACCUGUUGUUAUGAUGUUUUUAGGUUCUCUUUUCAUCACAAUCUCCUUCUUUGCUAUAGUCGGUGCUCUUUGUGAGGUAGUGAUCAUGCUGAAGAUAUACAUGAGUAUUGUAGCGAUAGUUUUAGUGUUUGAAGUGAUACUGAUGGCGGUAUGUGUCGCUAUGCGAGGAGCAGUAGAAAAGAAAGCUGUACUAGUUAUACAUAAUCUCAUGGGUCAUUAUGGGGACAAGGACUCAGACGAUCUCAGUAUCAUCACUAAAACCAUCGACGAAACCCAAGUGUGGCUAUCCUGCUGUGGACUGGGUGGAGCUGCUGACUGGGGUAACGCUACUCUCGCUGCAUACUGGGCAGGCAAAUACCACACAGACGCCUCCAACAUCUUCCCCCUUCCUGCAUCCUGCUGUACUGACCGCAAAGCGGACUCCUGUCAAUAUGACUCCUCUGACGAACAAACUGUUCAUUUUACUCUAGGCUGUACUGAAGCUUUUGAUACAUUUGUGGAGGACAAUGUCACGUAUAUCACAGUGGGAGGGAUUGUUAUGAUUGUGCUGCAAGUGUUUAUACUGAUAAGUGCGCUGAAGAUAAGAUUCGAGUUGAGCAGCAAGUAUGAUUGUGAUGAUUACGUUGGCGGUAAUGAUAUGGAGAUAACGAGCCUGUGAAAUAUUAGCUGAUUAGUUAGCUCAGCUAAUUGGAUAGUUAGCUCAUUAACUAGUUAUGAACUAAUUAGUUUUUUAAUUUGUACGAGUGAUGUACGAUCUUGAACUCUUGAAGUGGUGAUGAUGUCAAGAAACAUAAGACUGUGAAAAUCAGAUCUCACAUGGAAUACUCUCAGAUUGGUGACGUCAUGGGCUAAUGAAUGCCACUUAUUUUGAUCACUAAUGGAUUGAUCGACUCGUGCUCUAAUAAUAAGAAAUGUAUAAUGAAGAACUCAAAGACUGAUUAUUUUCACUCCUGGUUGAAAAGUAUGCUGAUUUAAUUGAACUUUAAUAUUAAAUGAUUGUUAGUUGUAAAUAUCUAUUCAAAUUUCGUUAUUU